CGCUUUUCUCCGCCACAAUGUACUCAUCAUCUUCCUCCUUCACGCAUUGCAUUUUUAAUUUUUCUUGAACAUUCCUUCUUCACGUUUCAAUUGACUGAUCAACCUUUAGGCAAUAAGAGAUGAGUGUUUGCUCUUCAUCAAUGAGCUUAUACUCAAUAAAUGCUGUUAUGCUCAAAGGCCAUGCUCAUCAGAUUCUUAUGAGUAGCAGCAUCUGUGGAGUUAGGCCUCAAGAAACAGGAACAUCAAAUUCAUGUUCCUUCAGCUUGUCCCCUGAGAAAUCACAGAUAAACCAUGCAGCUGCUCAGUCUAUUUCCACAACAACAUUGUCUAGUUCCACUGCCAUGGGGAAACAUAAUCAUUAUGUGAUUUCAUUGGCAUGCCAAAGUAUGAACAUGAGGCUUUUGGUAUCUAAACCAAAAGCACUACUCCCUAAAGUUAAGAGUACUAUGGGAUCUAUGACUUGGCCAAGUGGCUUUCUUCUUGAAUUUCUUAUAUGCAAUUCAAAUUCUAAACCUACAAAUUCUGAUGAGUGCAAUGAGUCAACUAUCAAAUUCUCACAUGGCAAGAAAGUUUACACAGAUUAUUAUGUUAUAGGAAUACCUGGAGAUGGAAGGUGUCUGUUUCGUUCUGUUGCUCAUGGAGCUUGUUUGAGAUCUGGAAAACUGGCUUCCAGUGAAAGACUGGAGAGACAGCUAGCAGAUGAGUUGCGGGGUCAGGUUGCUGAUGAGUUUAUCAAAAGAAGGGAAGAGACAGAAUGGUUUGUAGAAGGAGAUUUUGAAACAUAUGUUUCACAAAUAAGGAAGCCUCAUGUGUGGGGUGGUGAGCCUGAAUUAUUCAUUGCUUCUCAUGUUUUGCAGGUGCCAAUCACAGUGUACAUGUAUGAUGAGGAUGCAGGUGGAUUGAUAACAAUUGCCGAGUAUGGACAAGAAUAUGGCAAGGAAAAUCCAAUUACAGUUCUUUACCAUGGCUAUGGUCAUUAUGACGCAUUGGAAAUUCCUACAACAAAGGGUCAUAGACCAAGAUUCUAGCAUUUCAUUUCAUAUUUCUAAAGCUGUGACUUUCUCGAAAGUCAAAAAGUCAGUUCAUAUUAGGCUAGUGUAUAUUAUGGUGAUUUAGUCAGUUUGGUGAGGUAGCUUUUUGCAACGUUAGUUUGGUUAUACAUGAAGAUUGAUA